CUCCAACCCCUUAGCGACUUUUCAUCGGCUCUCUAAAUGUGGCUUCCCUUAUUCCUUGGAUGUGCCAGCAGCAGCCUCUGGCCAAGAGACCCACAAUAGUAGCAGUAGUGCUGACAGAGGCGUCACACUCUCCGUCCUCAAUCAACGUGAUGGAUUCCUCAUAUUUCACAAGGUGUUCCCGGUAUGGGAGUACUGGGCACACUGGGCCGACCUGGAAUGGCAUCUGGCACGCGUGUCAGCUGACCGGCUCGUAGUUAUGGCAGUGUCAGCUUCUGGUACAGUGGGGCUAAGAGGCGCUGCCCUCCGCCUUGCCCAACUCGGUUCUCUCUUCGCUCUCCACCUGCCACCCACUGCCCACUGGACAUGGGUCUUCAUUAAAGGUGGCCGCACCAUCUCUGAAACAGCUAUUCUCAGGGGAAGUGCAACUCAACAUGCCCAUCUCUUGCUUCCACUUUCGGACAUACCAAUGCCUGGCAGUAACAGUCAGGUAGAACAGCAACGUUGGGAAUACUGUACUCACCAUGGUACCAUGGGUGGUCUGUGUGAUGAGAUCUCUCCCGAUCCUUUGCCUAUACCCACUCCUCUUCCUCUUCUCAACCAGGAUGCCAUAGCCGAAGUGCCCAUUAUCGUGACCGGCGGCAAGCGUCACCAGUAUCUAUAUCACGCCCUCACUACUUUACUGGUCGCUCCCGGGGCUCGUCGGUGCAACCUACUGGUGGUGCUGGGCGAUGCACCACUUGCCACAACUCAGCUUCUACAUCUCCUGAAUAUUUCCUUCACUACACUUCCCAUAUAUGGCCAUGCCAAUAACAAGCUUUUCCAUUACUAUCAAGGAGUCUUCCGUCUCAUAGCUGAUAGAUUUCCCAACGCUACGGCCGUAAUUCUACUCGAUGAAGACAUCGAAGUGUCUCCUGACUUCUUCGCAUUCAUGAGCCAGACUCUGUGGCUGCUAAAAUCCGACCCCUCACUAUACUGUAUUAAUGCUUUCUCGGCCGGAGGCUUCCAGGGUUUGGCAUACGAUAACAGGCGGGUGCUUCGUGGGUCGGUGCAGGUGGAGUGGGGCUAUGGCAUUACACUUGACUUUGUAAGAGAAGCCCUCGCCGCGUGGGAGCAGAUGACCACUCCUAACACUCUCCUCUACGACUUCUGGCUCUACAUGAAUAUGCGGAAGGGCCGCGAAUGCGUUUUCCCAGAGGUAAGCCGAACCCUACACUUCGGCAUGGGCGUCAACACAAACGCAUUCCUAAAGGAGAAGGGUCCCCUAAUGAUGCCUCUGGUUAAGCUAGGCCCCAUACUGUUACACGAGGUGUGGCGGCUGCGGCUGCCUACCUGGAUUCAGGACCUCACCCGCAAUAUAAGUGCUGCCACCCCUCUUACAGGCAAUCCAUGCAGUGACACCUUUCUCCCAAAGUCCCCAUCCAUGUUUUCACUUUACGUCUUUUACUACAGGCUGGAUUUCCUAAAGGAUGGGGAUGGGCUGCCAGACCCCUUCCAGUUGUUUAAUGUGGCAGAAUGCCUCGGGAUGUGGUCCAUGUCUGAGCAAGGACAUCACCAGGGAGUACACGUAGUGAGGUUCUCCAGCAGCGCCACUCUCUACCUGGUGGGGGUUCCCUUCUCACAGUAUUCUCAUCUCCGACCCAUCACCAUUCCGCUGUGGGACGUCGACACCAUCUCCGACCAUCAGUUUGAGCUUAUGGGGAACUAUACACAGAAACACUACAACAGAAUGAUCAAAAUCGCCAAUGAAUACAUGACAUCGGAGAUGUUGCUCGAGGUACUGUCGACACCUGACUGAAAAAGCAGCUGUUUGAUGCAUGGCUGAGCCACUGUCAUGGAUUUUGACCAAAACUCUACGUAUUUAAGUGGUUUUGCAAGAAUGUAUUACUUAAUUUUAAAAAAGUUAUAAUAUAAUCCUACUAUACCUUUUUGUAAAUAAAUAGGUGAAUGCUUGUACCUGUCACACCUCUCAAUAUGAGUUUGGCAUAUUUAUUACAAGAGGGUUACCCUGGUGUUACUCGGAUGAUGGAGGCCACAUCUUCACUAAAAACUAUUUUCAUCACUGUAACCAUCUUUACUACACUCAACCAUCCUCAUUGAAACCAUUUUCACUACACACGAUCUGUGUAGUUCCCCAGGCGGGCCGGCCGUCUGGCCGCCCGGCCACCCGGGUUGACCUCAAACCAGUCAGGUGAGAUCAGGUCAAUAAUAUAUUAUAAUAUAACGUUACAACGAAGAUUAGAGUGUUAUCAGCCUACCAAAUAGACGUAGGAAGUCGAUUUAUUAAGGAGGAAUGUCGCAUAUUGAAAUUUAAAAUGUAUUGAAAAAAGGGUAUAUUAGUAAAUUUUUUUUGCCUUGUAUAUGAGGGAGAGAACUGAUGCUAAUAAAUAUGUGGUGUGUUAAUGAAAGGUGAAUAUAGGAUUGUUAUGGUACAUUCAACCAACGGUAAAUUAAAUAAACUGCUGUCGGAAAACCCGACACCAUUUACAAGUUUUAAUACAAUAUGCAGAUAAUAUUACUGUUGUUUUGUAAUAACAAAUUAACCCUAGAAAUAUCGCUUUAAUCACUCAUAGAAACUGAGGCACAGUGGAAAUUUCCUCUGUAGAAA